CAGUGGGCGCCCCUUUAAUGAGCAAAAAUAAAAGCUUUGAAUGAGAAAAUGAAGAAAGUUGAAGAGAAGACCCAAAGAAGAAUCCAAAAGACCACGCCAUUUGCUUUGAAUUUUCUCGCUCGCCAAACAAACAAAUAAAAUCCAACCUUUUUGUUGCACCAUCAUACUCGGCAAAAUCCUCAAUUUGCUGAAAAACCCACCAUUUUUUUUUUUCCUCAUGGAUUGCAGAGUUUUUCUCCCACUUUCUCUCUGUUUCCUCUCCUUGUUCCCAAAUUUCUCUCAUUCUGCUACUGAAACGCAAAGUUCGGUGCUUAGAUUGACUACUGGUGCUUCGUCUGCCCCGUUUGAUCCUACUCGGGUCACCCAGAUAUCUUGGCAUCCCAGGGCUUUCAUCUAUAGAGGAUUUUUAACACAUGAGGAGUGUGAUCAUCUCAUUAAUCUGGCCAAGGAUAAGCUAGAGCUGUCAAUGGUGGCUGACAAUGAAUCAGGCAAGAGCGUAAUGAGUGAGGUUCGGACAAGCACGGGCAUGUUUCUCAGCAAGGCUCAGGAUGAUAUAGUUGCUGGCAUUGAGGCCAGGAUUGCUGCUUGGACUUUCCUUCCCGUAGAAAACGGGGAGGCCAUGCAGGUACUGCGGUAUGAGCUUGGUCAAAAGUACGAGCCACAUUUUGAUUAUUUUCAUGACAAGGUCAAUCUAGAACUGGGUGGUCACAGGAUUGCCACCGUACUUAUGUAUUUGUCUGAUGUUAAAAGGGGUGGAGAAACAGUGUUUCCCGAUUCAGAGCAGGCGAAAGAGUCUCAACCAAAGGAUGACAACUGGUCUGAUUGUGCUAAAAUGGGCUAUGCAGUGAAACCCAAUGAGGGCGAUGCUUUGCUGUUCUUUAGUCUUCAUACUAAUGCAACCCCCGACCCAUUGAGCUUGCACGGGAGCUGCCCCGUCAUUGAGGGGGAGAAGUGGUCUGCAACCAAGUGGAUUCAUGUGAGGUCAUUUGAGGAAAAAGAGGAGAAUCCGGAAAACGGUGACUGCGUCGAUCGGAAUGUGAACUGCCCUCAGUGGGCUGCUGCUGGUGAGUGUGAAGGGAAUCCUAUCUAUAUGGUAGGCACUGAAGAUGCUGCUGGAUUUUGUAGGAAGAGCUGCAAGGUGUGCUCAUCAAAGUAAUCGGUUUUUUUUCCCGGCAUUUGCAUGUUCAUAUUGUUUCCUGAGGUGAAAAGUUGUCCUCUAUAUUUGUAUAUAAUGACAUGCAAAUGUCCUAUAAUUGAACCAAAAAAUGAGAAAAUGGAAAGUAGAGUUUAUGUUGUAUCUGGAGUUUGAGGCAGUCAUCCAAAUUCAACUUUUGUAGUUUACUAAUUUUUUUUGCACA